AUGGGCAACAGCCAGGGCAAGCCCGUUGAGCUCGACGGCGAGGUGAACCUGAACCACUUCCGUCUCCUCAGAGUCGUCGGCCGAGGUGCAUUUGGCAAAGUACGGAUCGUCGAACGAAAGGACACCGGGCUAUCCUUCGCUCUCAAAUACAUCAGGAAAGAUGAAGUCGUGCGGUCAGAAAGUGUGCGCAAUAUCAUACGCGAGAGGCGGAUGCUCGAGCACGUGAACCAUCCGUUCAUCUGCAACUUGCGAUACAGCUUCCAAGACAUCGAGUACAUGUACUUGGUCGUCGACCUCAUGAGCGGUGGAGAUCUGCGGUUCCAUAUCUCGAGGAAGACCUUCACCGAGGAGGCGGUCAGGUUCUGGAUAGCGGAGCUGGGCUGUGCCCUCAGGUACAUCCACGGCCAGGGCAUCAUCCACCGUGAUGUCAAGCCAGAUAACGUAUUACUCGACGCCGACGGACAUGUGCAUCUCACAGAUUUCAAUGUUGCCUCGGAUGUUUUGCCGAACAAAGUCCUGACGAGCAAGUCAGGCACACUAGCCUACUUGGCACCAGAAGUCUACGCCGGGAAUGGCUACGAUGUUCGUGCAGAUUGGUGGUCGCUGGGUGUCCUGUUCUACGAGUGCAUAUACAACAAGAGGCCGUUCGAGGGAAAUUCCGAGUCCUCCCUGAGCACCGUCAUCCAAGCCGCCAAACCCAAGUUCCCCGUCACGAACCCUCCCGUAUCGCUACCGUGCAUGUACGCCAUCAAGGACGCUUUGAACCCGGACCCGAAUAAGCGCUUAGGCUCGACGUGGGAAAGUUUCACACAGCAUGAGUUCUUCUCGUGCAUCGACUUCAUCGCGCUCGAGAGGAAGGAGAUUGAGCCAGUCUUCGUGCCGUCCUCGGAGAAGACGAACUUUGACGCCACGUACGACUUGGAAGAGCUAUUGUUGGAGGAGGCCCCGCUUGAGGCUCGCGCGCGCAGACAGAAGCCCCGCGAGAGGCUAAAAGACGACGCCACAGACAAGGAGAUCCGGGAGGACGAGCUCUACCGCAUGAUCGAGACGGAUUUCCGGCCGUUCGACUACACAGUUGCGGCCUACAAGAAGAUCACGCAGCAACAGCAAGCGCUAGCAAGCGGGAAAGACGCGGCCGCGAGCGCGCCAGACAGCCCGGAGAACCUGCAACCGCAGGCGUUAACCACCGACGAAGCCACCCCAUCCCCCGCCAGCAACGGCACGACACCAGCAUCACCACCAUCAUCACAACAACAACACCAACCGCAGGAGGGCAACAAGCCGCACCAGCGCCCCCCAAGCAACCACCAACGGCGCGGCGCGCCAGGCCGCCCGCCGCCGCCGCUGCCGCCCUAUCCGCAGACCUACACGGCCGGCGGCGGCAGCCACCGGCCGGGGCGCGGCGGGGCGCCGGGCAUGAUCAUCGAGAGCCCGACCGGUGGCGUGCAGGUGACGCUGGACGGCGGCAGCAGCUGGAGCGAGCUGGCGCGGCAGGACGCCACGCUUCCCGCGGACGCGAGCGGCGCCAGCAUCGGGCUCGGCGGCGCCGGCGGAGGCGGCGCCGGCGGCAAGCACCAGGGCGCCGAGACCUCCGGCGGCGUGUUCGGCUUCCUCCGCGGCAAGAAGGGCCGCGGGAACAGCCCCAAGCCCAAGGAGCGCGGCGUGCUGGGGAAGGAGGGGGCCAGAGUUAUUUUGGGGUGA